GGAAAAGAUUUUAUUGGGUCGGGAACUAGGCAAAGAAAGAGAUCGGCAUUCUAAAUCAGAACCCCUGCUGCCAUAAAUCCCCAAUUUCCUCCGAUUCUUCUCCUUCUAUCGCAGCAAUGCCGAGCCUAAUCACUCGCAAUUUGAGCAAGCUAUGGACCGGAGUAGCGAAGACUCCAAUCAUGGCAAAUCAACGGAGUUCCUACAGUCUAAUACCCAUGGUCAUCGAGCACUCGUCGCGAGGAGAGAGAGCCUACGACAUCUUCUCUCGUCUACUCAAAGAGAGAAUCAUAUGUAUAAACGGGCCCAUAGCCGAUGAUACAGCACACGUCGUCGUUGCUCAGCUCCUCUUCCUUGAAUCCGAAAACCCUUCCAAACCCAUCAACAUGUACCUUAAUUCCCCUGGCGGAGCCGUCACUGCAGGUCUUGCAAUAUAUGAUACAAUGCAGUAUAUUCGUUCUCCAAUUAAUACGAUAUGUUUGGGUCAAGCUGCUUCAAUGGGUUCUCUCCUAUUGGCUGCUGGAGCAAAAGGGGAAAGAAGAUCUCUUCCUAAUGCAACUAUCAUGAUUCAUCAACCCUCUGGUGGAUACAGUGGUCAGGCUAAAGAUAUGACUAUUCACACCAAACAGAUUGUUCGUGUCUGGGAUUCACUCAAUGCAUUGUAUGCAAAGCAUACUGGACAAUCUGUUGAUGUGAUUGAGAAGAAUAUGGAUCGAGACUACUUUAUGACACCACAAGAGGCAAAAGAGUUUGGUAUCAUUGAUGAAGUCAUUGAUGAAAGACCAUUAACUUUGGUGACUGAUGCUAUUGCAAGUGAAGGAAAAGGAAAAGUUUCAGAGUAGAAUCUGAAGGUAUCUGGGAAUUUAUGUGCAUCUUCCUUACUUCUGUAGCAAAAGUUGACUCAUACACCCUGUUUUGGUUCAAUUUCAAGUAGAAAAGCCAAUUCUUGUCACUUUGGUCAUUUUGAACAGACUCACAUAGUUUCUUGGCAUUCUCAGUAAGUUUUAAUUUUCAGAUAAGCCCAUUUUAUUGGAAACUUUGUAUUCAUGAAGGAAGAUCUUUCGAUAUUAUCUCAAUUUGCUUACAGUUGAUACUUAUGAUAAUAACAUCACUAGAUGACUUUGCUUCA